AUGCGGUCUUUCUACCCACUUUUUAUAUUUGCCUUGUUCACUUCGCCGGCCUUGAGCUCCGCGUUAAGAAGCGCCCCAGAAACCAUUAAGGAAGUUUCUAUAACGCCAGAAAUCGUUCCUCUAAACAAACGGUACAGCAGCCGCCCCUCUGCUACAGUCUAUACCUAA